AUGCCGUUCGAGGUUUUAGACAAGGUUGGUACCGUCGCGUACAAACUAAAGUUGCCCGAUGAGCUUAGUAGCGUUCAUAACACAUUCCAUGUGUCGAACUUGAAGAAGUGUCUAGCCGACGAGACACUUAUCAUUCCUACAGAUGAAAUCUGUAUCGAUGACAAACUCCACUUUAUUGAAGAACCGGUCGAGGUUACGGACUGGAAAGUCCAAAAGUUGAGGAGGAGUCGUAUUAAAUUGGUUAAAGUUCGUUGGAACUCCAAGCGUGGACCUGAGUUUACAUGGGAAUGCGAGGAUCAAAUGAAGACGAAGUACCCCCAUCUGUUUGAGAAGACUCCUGUUCAGGAUGACUCGGCUUGA